CCCUUCCCUCUCCUCUGUUUUCAAGUUCCUUUCAAAAUGACUCAGUCUUUGGUCCUCAAAUAAUACUCUCUCAAAGCCGCGUUUUUCUUUGUUUCCCUUUCUCUCCUCUCUAAAAUCCCCACAUCCAUCUCCAUUCAAAAUGGCCCAAAAUCAAAUGCAUCACCUACUGCUACUACUACUAUAGCCUCAGGAUUCACCCUUUUCGUUUCUUGCAUAAUCAUGAGAUUAUCAAGUCUCAGGACUUAUUUUUAUUAUUUUUAUUUCUAUGGCUUUUCCUUUCUUUAAUGUUACUCUUUCUUCCUUCUUGUUUGUUCUGCUCUUUUUUACUUCAGCUCCUGUCGUUAAUCCACUAUCAACCGUUGCAAUUUCUGAAACUUCUAACCACACUUUAAUAUGUGCAUUGAGGCCGAAUGGUGAUAGAGAAUCCUUUCUAAGCUGUUCAGGUUCUCCUGCUGGAAUUCAGAUUCCUGUUCCUGGGCUGAAUUCUAACAUUUCAUAUUCUGGGGUUGUUGCUGGAGACGGGUUCGUCUGUGCUUUGAGUUCUUUCACUUCUUCCAUUUCAGUAAUGGUUUGCUGGAGAUUCUCUGCUGAUGGUACUAGUGUGAACUUCAAAAGGAUUUAUGAAGGUCAAAUUAUUAGAGAGUUUGAAGCGGGUAAUUCCCAUUAUUGUGGUCUUGUUAAUGCCACCAAUCGCCUCCUGUGCUGGCCGUGGCAGGAAUUCAACAGCUCUACCUCUGCUGCUCAGAACUUGAGCUUUUCAAGUAUUGCAGUUGGUGAUGACUUCGUUUGUGGGCUAUCAGGAUUUGGGAUGAUUUCUUGCCUUGGAAAUAAUUCUAGGGUCAAUAACGAAGCUCCUCAAGGGAACUAUAGCAUGAUUGCUGCUGGGUCUAAGCAUGCUUGUGCUCUAACUCUUGAUAAUGAUUUGCGUUGUUGGGGAGAUACUGUGGGCAACAUACCCCAAGACAAGUUCAAAUUGUUGGCAUUAGGAGAGAACCGUAGCUGUGGUUUGUUGAUUAAUGAAACAGUUGUUUGUUGGGGGAAAAACAAUUUCAGAUUGCAAGAAAGUUUGCAAGACACUUACUUUCUCCAUAUCGAAGCCAAGAGGAAUGUUUUCUGUGGAGUUAUGAAAACUAAUCUUUCUUUAAUUUGUUGGGGUAAUCAGAAUUUGGAUUCCAAUUUGAUGGUGUUUGAGGAAGUUCUGCCUGGACCAUGUAGAAGUGUCUGUCCAUGUGGUAUAUUAGUAGGAUCUGUCAGAUUUUGCUCCCAAGGUCAUAUCUGCGAGCAUUGGUACACCAACACUGUUAAUCAACCUCCAGCUUCGUCUCCACCAACAUUACGGCCUUUGCCUCAACCAUCACCUUCAGGAGGAAGUAGUGGAUGGAAUGACAAGACGAUAGCUUCUUUAGUGGUGGGGUGUGUGGGAUGCUGUUCUUUCUUGCUAUCCAUUGGUUUUUUUCUCUUCAAAUACUGCAAAUGCAGAGGAUGUAGGGUCCAUGAUUCAGGGCGCUUAGAUGAAACUGGGGCACCCCUCGGACAAGGUCUAAGAGAGCAGCAGCCACCGCAAACCGAGCAAGCACCAGCUAUUCUAGAAAAGCGCCUUAGCCAGCUGGCCAGCAUGGGAAAUGCUGGUCAACUGGAGGAAUUCUCUUUGCAGGUGCUACUUCUAGCCACUAACAAUUUCUCUGAAGAUCACAAGGUUGGAACAGGCAGCUUCGGUUCGGUCUACCUCGGAAAUUUAGAGGAUGGCCGAGAAGUAGCCAUUAAGAGAGCCGAAACAUCAACCAGUAGUUCCUAUGCUGUUGGAACCAAGCAUCAGGAGGACAAGGACAAUGCGUUCAUUAACGAACUCGAAUCCUUGUCCCGACUCCAUCACAAGAACCUUGUACGAUUACUGGGCUUCUACGAAGACAGCAAUGAGCGGGUAUUAGUCUACGAGUUCAUGAGCAACGGCACUCUCCACGACCAUCUUCACAAGGUCCAAGACUCCCCAUUAAUGUCAUGGGCAGCAAGAAUCAAGGUAGCACUUGACGCAGCCAGGGGAGUUGAGUACCUCCACGAGUACGCAGUGCCACGGAUCAUCCACCGAGACAUCAAGUCAUCCAACAUUUUGCUAGACUCCUCCUGCACAGCCAAGGUAUCUGAUUUUGGACUAUCUCUAAUGGGUCCUGACGAUGAGGAGUCACACUUGUCGCUCCGGGCCGCUGGCACAGUGGGUUACAUGGACCCAGAGUACUACAGGCUUCAACAGUUGACCACAAAGAGUGAUGUAUACAGCUUCGGAGUAGUGCUGCUAGAACUACUGUCAGGCUACAAGGCCAUACACAAAAACGAGAACGGGGUUCCCAGGAAUGUGGUUGAUUUUGUAGUGCCAUAUAUUGUCCAAGAUGAAAUCCACAGAGUACUGGAUUCCAGGGUGCCCCCACCAACCCCAUAUGAAAUAGAGGCAGUGGCGUACAUAGGAUACUUAGCAGCAGACUGCGUAAUACUGGAAGGCCGAGAUCGGCCAUCCAUGUCAGAAAUUGUAAAUAGCUUGGAAAGAGCACUGGCUGCAUGUCUAAUGCACCCCACUUCGCUUUCGCGGUCCACCACAGGAUCCUCCGCAUGAGUAAUUGUUUAGCAGAUUCGGUUGCACCAAAGCAUUCCCCACGACACGCCUAAGUGUAAUGAGACAGACAGCCCGUAAUUUGUAGAGUUAGUCUAGACCAUUUUUGGGUUCUUUUUUCCUCCAUACACACAUACUUUUCUCUCCUUUUUUUUCUAUUAGUUGAUUGAUUGGGUUGGCAUUUGCCCAAAAAGUGUACGAUGAUGGUGUACCUACCGCAGAAAAGGUGUUGAUUCUUGUUCAUAAUUGAUAAAGUUGUACAUUUACUUUUCUUGAAUUA